AUGGCAGGCAGUCCUAUGACCGCAGUCAGGAUUAACUUCGCGCAGAUUAACUUGCAACACUGCAAAGCGGCCUCAGCUAUACAUAGCAGGGACCUUGCAGUGGAGCACACAGACAUAUCACUCAUACAAGAACCAUGGGUAUACAAGGGGCUUGUAAGGGGGUUGGAAUCAAGGAACGGAGCAAUUUUGUGCAAAAUAGGGGGGCCAGACGAUCCGGGCCCCAGGGCGGCUAUUUAUAUUAAUAGUAGACACCAGGCACUUAAAUUGAACCAGUUCUGCUACAGAGACCUGGUGGCAGCAUUAGACUCGAAGGAUCCACCACCUACGGAGGAACUCAAGGCGCUGGUAAGGUACUGCACAAGCAAAGGGCUCGAACUGCUGGUGGGGUGCGACGCAAACUCGCACCACACGGUAUGGGGCAGCUUUAAUACAAACAGGAGGGGAGUAGCUCUAUUGGAGUACCUCACCCUGGAGCGGCUGGAAAUUCUCAACAGGGGAUCGAAGCCCACAUUCAUCAACUCCCUUAGGAGGGAGGUGAUUGACCUAACUCUGUGCACCAGUAAGGUGGUACACAUGACCAAAAACUGGAGGGUAAGGGAAGAAGACACUCUUUCCGACCAUAGACGAAUCUCCUUCUACAUAGACGGGGACGCGGCAUGGGAACCGACGGUAAUGUACAGGAACCCCAGGGCAACCGACUGGACCUCCUACAGGGAGGAGCUAGCAAAGGGACUCCGGGGCCCCUCCUGCAAACCAAGAACGAUAGGCAUGGCUGAAGGCGCAGUAGGUACCCUACAGACCGCCAUUAACCAGGCUCACAAAGCAGCGGCCCUGAAGACAGGUACAGACUCGGACUGGGAAGCUUACAAAGCUCCUUAG